GUUAUUAUGUAAAAAGAACAAAUUUACUCAACAAACACUUGAAUUGAAUUACAGUAUGAAGUUUCUUUCGGUUAAUAUCUUAAUAAUUUUUACUGUUUUGUGUGUAUGUGAUGGAAGAAGGACACGAAGGUGGUGGCUAGGACGAUGGGGUGGUCCACCGAGGAUACCAAUUUGUCAUGCAUAUCCAAUUCAUAGAACAACCACGUCAAUGUAUUGGAAUUGCUGUUAUCUUUCGAUAACUGAACCAGCUGAUGAAAACGAGCUUACAUUAGUUCUAGAUUUCAACCAACCUAUUGUAGAACUUGGCGUGCCAGGUUUUAUCACCAAAAGGUCAGUUUGCAGUGAGAAGUUCUUUUUAUCCAAUACGAGACCACUACAUGCUGGUUAUAUUGAAAUUCCGUAUAAAGCAGAGUACUAUGAGAAUGAACACCAUCCAAUUGACGGAAACUGUAGCUAUAAAUACAGCUGGAGUCAUCAACCGUCAACCAUUUCACCAACAUCGGGAGAACGAAAAGAUGGAGAGAUAAGCACAGCACAAGUUCAGACAACAACGAAUAUUCAAACAACACAAUACAGAUCAACAGCUACCGAAACUGAAACAUCAACAGAAUAUAACCGACUUACAGUAGCCACAAUACCUUCUUUAACUAUGACAACAACUACAACAUUACCAUCAACAACAACGACAAUCGUGCCUCCAACAACAACAACAACCGUUCCCCCAAUAACAAAGACAACCGUUCUCCAAACAACAACGACAACCGUUCUCCCAACAACGACAACCGUUCCCCCAACAACAACGACAACCGUUCCCCCAACAACAACGACAACCGUUCCCCCAACAACAACGACAACCGUACCCCCAACGACAACUACAACUGUACCCCCAACAACUACAACUGUAACCCCAACGACAACCAAUGGAAAACCACCACCACCGAAUUAAACUUGUAUUUUGAUCAAUAAAUUUAGGCUGAUUUGCCUAUAUAGUUAAACAUUACAAACUUUAUACAUAUAUUAGUGUAGUAAAAGACUAACAAACUCGUUUAAACUCUGCUGUUUUCUGAAAAAAUUUAGUAAAUUUAGUGUUUAUUAUAUUUAUUUUACAUAGUAGUGGAUUUUUCUUUAACUUAAAUUGUUUCAGUAAUUAAAAUAUACUUGUGACGUU